AUGUUAUAGAUAUAAUAAAAUUAAGUAUAAACAAAUUAAUAAAAUAAAAUAAACGAAGCAAUUUCUUAAUUAAGAGCACUUUUUUUAAAGAAUAUAACAUUUUAAGUUAAGUAAAUAGGAACUAAUAUUUGUUAGGUAUUAAUUUUUUUUAUUUUUCUUAAUUUUUUUUUUUAGAUAUUUACUCCACUUUUAUGCUUAAUUUUUAUUUAUAUGAUUUCGUUUAUUAGUGGAUAAAAAGAAAUUGUAAAAUAAUUAGAUUAUCCUUUUUUAUUUAAUAUACCAUCACUUUCAUCUCUUUAUUCAAAAGUAAAUAUAGAUGAUUGUAUAGAAUGGUAUUAAAUAUCAUUUGAUUAAAACGCAACUUAAUAUACUAAAGAUUUUGUUGGAAGUAACACCGGAAACCAAUUUUAAACUAAUAAAGGUUUACUAUCUAAUGUAUUCUAAUAAUAAGGAUGUGCUUAUAAAGCUUAAAUAGAUGAAAAUAUAACAAUAAAUUCACCUUUUUUUAAAAAUAUUGUAAUAUUUUAUAAUACAUAUUUACCUAAUAAAAUAUAUAUUAUUUAUGUAAUUAGAAUACCUAAGAUAUUAACAAUUAAUUAAAAGAUUAUAUAUAAUAAUUAAAUGAAAUUGAAUAUUAAACAUUUAAAUAAAAUAAAUGUAAAAAAAAUAAAUAUAAAAUAUUAAAUUAAAUAUAUUUAAAAAAAAGAUUAUUAAUAUUUAAUUCCUGAUGGUGGAAUUACUUUUUACGAAGCUUCAGAAUAAAUAUUAAAUUGUAUUAUAGAAAUAAACGAUUUACGUUACCCUAAUUAUCAUAGAAAUAAUGGAAUUACAAAAAUGAUUUAUUAUAAUGACUAAUUUAAAGAAUAAAUCAAUAUGAGAAUUACUGAAGGGCAAAUAAGUCUUAUAGAUUUAGUAACAAAAGCAUAUAUAUAAAAAUUAUAUCCAAAUGUAUGGUUAAUAUCAGGAAUUUAAUACUUACCAAAAGGAGAAUUUUAAAAACCUUUAGCUUAAUAAUUAAUAACGAUAGUGGGAGGAACAUUAUAUCCAUUAGCAUUAAGCUUAUUAUGUCCAAUAUUUAUGUAUUUAAUUGUUUUAGAAAAAGAAGAAAAAUUGUUAAAUAUGAUGAAGAUGAAUGGAUUAAAAAUGAAAUAUUAUUGGACAAUAAAUUUCCUCUUUUUUUUAUUAAUGACAUUUUUGACAUUUUCUUUCUUUUAUUUUUUGGUUAUUUAGUUUUAUAAUUAAAUUUUUUGUAAAUACAAGUUUCUCAUUAUUAGUAACAAAUAAAAAAUAUUUAUUUUAAACUAAUAAAAAAAAAUGAAAAAAAGUCAUUAAUAUUGUUUUCAUGGGGUUUAGCCUAAAUAGGAAUAUCAGUAUUUUUCGCAUCAUUUAUAAAAUCAGCAAGUACUGCGACAAUAAUAGGAUAUUUACUAUCAAUAUUUAUUUGUUUAAUAUCAACAGUAUUAAAUAUAGCUAUAUAUCCAUUUCCUUAAAAAAUUCCUUACAUAUUAAGAAUGUAUGCACCGAUAGGAUUUUAUAGGAUCAUUUUUAGUCUUUCAAAUUCUUGUUUAUUGGAAAAUUGUUUAGAUAACUUUUCUUAAAUUUCUGACGAACUAUAAGAUUGUUUAAUUUAUUAAUUUGUUUGUUUUUCUUUUUUUUAUAUUUGGAAUUAUUUUCAGUUUCAACUAUUUUACAUCUCUUAAAUUAUUCAAUAGAAAAUAAAAUAUAUAAAAUCAAUAAGUUUCUCUUGAUAAUUAAUUCUAAUAAAUAUAAGAUGAAGAUGCACAAAAAGAAUAAGAAUUUGCUAAAAACUUAUCACCCACAGUAAAUUCAGAAGAAUAUCCUUUAAUAAUAAAAAAACUAACAAAAGUGUAUAAACACGCAGCACAUAAAGCUGUAAAUGAGUUAACUUUCGCAGUAAAAAAAGGUUAAAUAUUUGGUUUAUUAGGACCUAAUGGAGCAGGAAAAACUACACUUAUAUCUAUGCUUACUGGAAUUAUAAACCCUACAUCAGGGACUGCUUAUAUAGCAGGGAAAAAUAUAAUAAAUGAAAAAGAAAAAGUACAUAAAUAUAUAGGAGUUUGCCCUUAAUUUGAUUUAUUAUGGGGAGAUUUAACCAUUAAAGAACAUCUCUUAUUUUACGCUAGGCUCAAAGGAAUAACAAAAAAAGAAGAAAAGGAAGAAGUAGAGAAAGUAAUAAAGAAACUUAAUUUAUAAGAAUUUUAAGAUUUUUAAAGUAAAUAAUUAUCUGGAGGAAUGAAAAGGAGAUUGUCAGUUGCUAUUUCUUUAGUUGGGAAAUCUCAAAUUGUUUUCCUUGAUGAACCAUCUACUGGCUUAGAUCCAAUUAAUAGGAGAUAUUUAUGGGAUAUAAUACUUAAAUGUUAAGGCGAAUGUGGUAUCGUUUUAACUACUCAUUCGAUGGAAGAAGCUGAUGUUUUAUGUAAUAAAAUUGCUAUUAUUACAAAAGGAACUUUAAGAUGUAUUGGAAAUCAAAUUAGACUUAAGAAUUUAUAUGGAUAAGGCUAUCGAUUAUAUAUAAAUUGCUUAAAAAAUCAAAUAUGUUAAUAAAAUAUUAGUCAUUUAAUUAAUGAUAUAGUUCCUAAAGCUGUAAAACUAAGUGAAUUUAAUAAUAAAUAUAUAUUUUAAGUUCCAUAAUAAUAUAAUAAAAUUAUAUGCGAUUUAUUUUAUUUAAUAGAGAAGCAAAAAUAAUAUUAUUAAAUUUCAGAUUGGGGAAUAUCAUUAAGUAGUUUAGAAGAUGUCUUUAUGUUUAUUACUAAUAAAUAUUAAUAAUGA